CUAUCCCAGUUACAUUAAUAAGGAUCCACCAUGAAGUUGAAGAUCCGUCUCCCAAACCCAGGCCUGGAUGACAGGAUCCCAUCUCAUAAAGACCUGGAGGACAUGGAGAAGCAGGAGGCUGCAGACAGGCCCCAGUGGGACAACAAAGCCCAGUAUCUGCUCACCUGUGUGGGAUUCUGUGUGGGACUAGGCAACGUCUGGAGGUUUCCUUACUUGUGUCAAAGCCACGGAGGAGGAGCGUUUAUGAUCCCAUUCCUUUUCCUGCUCAUCUUUGAGGGUAUCCCACUGUUGUACCUGGAGUUUGCCAUUGGUCAGCGUCUAAGGAAGGGCAGUGUCACGGUUUGGACUGCGAUUAAUCCCUACUUAGCAGGUGUUGGUAUUGCAUCCAUGUGUGUGUCAUUCUUGGUGGGCAUGUACUACAACACAAUCAUUGCCUGGGUGAUGUGGUACUUUUUCCACUCCUUCCAGAGCCCCCUCCCAUGGAGCCAAUGCCCACUCAAUGACAAUCGAACAGGUCUAGUUUCAGAAUGUAAACGUAGCUCUUCAAUAGACUACUUCUGGUACAGAGAGACCCUGAACACCUCAGAGACCAUAGACGUGUCUGGAGGCCUGCAGUGGUGGAUGGUGUUGUGUUUGUUUUGUGCUUGGGCUGUGCUCUAUAUCUGCUGCAUAAGGGGGAUUGAGACAACAGGAAAGGCAGUCUACAUCACCUCUACUCUGCCAUAUGUGGUCCUCACUAUCUUUCUUAUCAGAGGAUUGACCCUUAAAGGAUCUGUAGAUGGAAUCAAGUUCCUCUUCACACCACGUGUCAAGGAGUUGAUGAAUCCAUCAGUGUGGUUGGAUGCAGGAGCUCAGGUUUUCUACUCUUUCUCCUUGGCCUUUGGAGGGCUUAUCUCAUUCUCCAGCUAUAAUCCUGUUCACAACAAUUGUGAACAAGAUGCUGUUAUCAUCGGUAUUAUAAAUGGCUGUACAUCUGUCUUCGCUGCCACUGUUGUCUACUCCAUCAUUGGCUUCCGGGCAACAGAACAGUUUAAUACUUGCCUUAAUGAAAAUAUACUGAUGCUGCUCAAUGCAUUUGAUCUUGCUGAGGGGACCAUCACAGAGACCAACUACGAUGAAAUGCUGCGCAUGCUAAACAGUACAACCUCAGGGUUCAACAUCAUUCAGGGGCUAGACCUGAGCACUUGUAACUUGGAGACUUUUCUCAGUGAUGGGGUGGAAGGAACAGGUCUGGCUUUUAUCGUGUUCACAGAGGCCAUCACAAAGAUGCCAGUUUCUCCUCUCUGGUCUGUCCUCUUUUUCAUCAUGCUCUUCUGUCUUGGACUCUCCACCAUGUUUGGAGCUAUAGAGGGAGUGGUCGUUCCUCUGCAGGACCUGAAGAUAUUCCCAAAAAAGUGUCCUAAAGAGGCGCUUUCGGGAAUUGUAUGUCUUCUGUCGUUCAUGAUUGCACUCAUCUUUUGUCUGCGGUCGGGUAAUUACUGGUUAGUGCUGUUCGAUAGCUACGCUGGCUCCGUCCCUCUGCUGAUUAUUGCCUUCUGUGAAAUGACAGCUGUAGCCUACAUAUAUGGAAUAGAUAGGUUUAAUAAAGACAUUGAGUUCAUGAUUAGACACAAACCAAACAUCUUCUGGCAGGCCAUGUGGAGACUGGUCAGCCCCUUGAUUGUUUUUGUCAUUUUUGUGUUUUACUUCAUCACUAAAGUCAACGCUGAACUGACCUACAUCAGCUGGAAUCCAAACUCGGCAAACUUCCCGAUAUCGGAGAUAUUAACAUAUCCUAAGUGGGUUUACAUUGUUAUCUUUAUUCUUGCUGGAGUUCCCAGUCUAUUGAUCCCAGGAGUUGCUCUAUUCCGAUUAUUCCAAAGAUGCUGCUGCAAAAGAAAUCUGUACAAGUAGAAUGACCUAUGUUCACCAAGGAACCACAGUCUAAUGAUUGAACUAAACUGAAUUAUUCUAAUUAACAUUCACAUUUACAUUACACAGUUGUUUUUCUCUGGGCCUGCUGGGUUCAUCCUU